UCAUCUAGAGUUACAUCCCUUUAACUUCAUCGGAAGCAGCGACGAUAGCUUCCCUUACAUUUUGAUGCCAAACACCAGAGAUUUUAAAGUUUAAAUUCUCUGCAAGCACGAAGGACGCUUUUAGGAUGGACUCUUCCUUUUCGCCUUUCAAAUCGCCUGCUUCAAAGCUGGGUGAUGAUAAAGGCCAUAGACUGACGGGAUUGCAGUGCAAAUUAAAGGACUCAGUAGCAGACGUGCACAAUCUUCUUCUGAAAUGGACAGCUCUUAACAGAGAUGGAGCAGCCAUUAUCAGCGAAAUCACAGCAUGUAAAAUGGAUAUCCAAUCUAAGAAUGUAGCAGAUGAUUCUCAAACAAACAACUCUUUUUUGCCCUUAUCUUUGGAACCCAAAUGUGAGGCACUUCUUGCUGUUUGCAGAUCAAUGGAAAAAAUAGUCAACAAACUGGAGUCCCUCUCUUCAACUAUCCAAGGUCUACACACUUUGAAUCAGUAUCAAAACGAUGUGAAUGCUUUCCUUUUCAAGACAUGGCCCAUCGAACAGUUUGUGGACACAUUCAGUGCCAUUCACACAAUGUAUAAAAAAGAGCACAGCUUGAAGCAGAAGUUGGUACAGUUUGUAGCCCAUGCAGAGACUCGCAACACGCUCAUGUUUUACUUAUCUGCCUGGUCACAUGAGCCCUAUUUAAACUGUAAUGAUCUGCUGGAAAGUCUUCUCUUUGAAACAGGUCACAGAUGACAGUUUUGCAUUAAAAAAAUUUUUUUUUUGGCUUCACUGAAUGUUAGCUUAUGAGUGGAGGAAGAAGUAUGUCACAGUGAUAUAUAAUGAUAGAGUUGCUUUAAUAAGCUGAUUAUGUCGUGUUUUUCAUCUCUAUUUUUUCCAAAUGUAAAUGUAAAAUUUGAAGCUUUCAAGUGUAAUAAAGCAGCACUAUAAGGCAGGAUCAUUGGUGAUUCUAGAACACAAAACCCCUGCCUAAAGGCGUUAUCUCUAGCAAAGGGCUAUCAAUAUGGGCUCCUACAGACUUUAUGCAACUCACCUCAUUUAUUUAUUCCCAAAUCUCCUUUGGCUUCUGGUUUGUUAAGAUUUACAGACAUGUGAUACAAGAUAAGAAAGAGAUUUGAUGAGAAAGGUUUGUACUGUGUGGGAGAUAGAUAAGGCUUUGCUUUAACACCUCUAGCCUUGAUUCAUAUUACCAGUUCAAAGAGCUCAACAUCGUAAAUUGUUUAAUUAGCAUUAUUUUUCUAGUUCUGUGCUGAACACAUUUAAGAUUAAUUUUAAAGAGAAUGAGAGUUUCUUAAGAUGAAUCGCUUUACAGUCAUAUUACUAAGUCAUGCAACAAGACUUGCAAAUUCUUCAGGCCUAACAUUAAUAAACACAAAAAAUAAAGUGAACACACUGUAAGCAUACGCCUAUGACUUAAUUUAAUCAGCAAUAACAAGAGAAUAUUUGCACAAAGUUUUGGCUUUUCACAUUAAGACGUGGAAGUCUCUGUAUGGAAUUUCAGUUUAAAACAAAUGCCAGUUCCAUCUGAGACAUGAGACUGACACAUAUUUUUACAGCAUUUUAAUGAUGCAGAAUUAAGUGUAACAAAGAUAAAGUGGAUAAGAUGUU